CUGAGGUCAAUUUGAGUGGGCACAAUCGAUUGGCUUUUUGAACCUCGACGCGGCUUGUUUUCCCGUCUUUAUGUGGCAGCAUUUGCGAGGAAGUUGCGUCCCCCUUCUACUGCUGGCUCCUCCUCCGCAAGCCGGUUCUGAGCGUUUUGUUCGCUAAUCUAUUUUUCCACAUAGCUAGACAGUAGCGAAAAACAAUAGUAAUCAUGUUUACUCUCUCGGAGUGUAUGGUCAUUUUAUCUAUGUUAUCUGCCACAGCGUCAGGUUACUUCGUAAGCAUCGACGCUCAUGCAGAAGAGUGUUUCUUUGAACGAGUCAACUCUGGUACCAAGAUGGGCCUCAUGUUUGAGGUGGCCGAAGGAGGUUUCCUAGACAUCGAUGUGGAGAUCACAGGUCCAGAUGGGAAGCAGAUUUACAAAGGAGACCGAGAAUCCAGUGGGAAGUACUCUGUGGCUGCCCAUAUGGAUGGCACAUACAAGUUUUGCUUCAGCAAUAAGAUGUCCACCAUGACACCCAAGAUCGUCAUGUUCACCAUUGACAUUGGAGAGGCCCCCAAGGGAGAUGGCAUGGAGACAGAAGCCCACCAGAACAAGCUGGAAGAGAUGAUUAAUGAGCUAGCAGUUGCCAUGACCGCAGUAAAACACGAGCAGGAAUACAUGGAGGUCCGAGAGAGGAUACACAGAGCAAUUAAUGACAACACAAACAGCCGAGUGGUGCUUUGGUCCUUCUUUGAAGCUCUUGUGCUGGUAGCCAUGACCCUUGGGCAGAUCUACUACCUGAAGAGAUUUUUCGAAGUGCGGAGAGUUGUGUAAAACAUUUUAUUUUUCCCAAAAAGUAUUUACCAUUCACUUGAGCUAUUAGCCACACCAUACUUCAAAAUUGGAAAUCAAACAUCUGAAAAGACUUUGUCCAAUCUCCUGUUUUUCUGUUCGUGUACUUCAGGCCAUGUUACAUAUGCAGUUUUCCGCAAGUGGAAAAACAUGUCUUCGCAUUGACUCCUCAGACUUUAACAUCAAUAGCACUGAAGAGGGUAUUAUUAAUUUUUGAUCAAGGAAGGUUUGAGUAUUUGCACAUUCAAAGCCACCGCCCCAAAACGCUGGAUGUCAUUUUCUCAUCUUAUAGCUGUGGAUAGAAUGAGUAGGUGGUGGAAAUAUUUUUGCUUUUACAUAGUCGUACCAUCAUCCAGAGCGACAGUGAGUGCAUACAUUUUUUUAUACUGGUCCGCCAUGGGAAUCAAACCCGCAACCCUGCUGUUGCAAGCGCCAUGCUCUACCAACUGAGCCACACUGGACACAUUCCAAGCCCAGUGUUGUAUUUGAUCUGUUCUUUCUAAAUGUGUUAGACAACUGUUCAGCUUUUUUGGGUGGGGAGUUCUUGAUAAACAUACUUUUUUUAAACACUUCCUGUGCCAAUCAGUCACAGUAUGCACAUUUUAAUGGUAAAAAUACAAAGGAAUGAUUCUACCUUUUGGGGCAAGGGCAGUACAAAAAGCAUUGGUAUGCGAUCUGAGCUGUUGCCAGUUAAGUAGUCACUUGAGCAUUUCUAUUUAUCAAAUGAGGACAAUUUCCUACGGACUUAGUUUAUUGGUAUUUGUUCAAGGGAUGUUUGUUAUUUUGGGUACAGAGGGUGAAUAACUAAUCUGAGCCAACACACUUGAGAGAGCUCAGACAAACUAUGGAUGACCCACGUCCUGUUCAUAAUAAAAAGUCUCCUUUUGAGAUUGAUUACUUCUAAUUUGCAAUAAGUUACUCACAGUACGCUGCUAUGAUUGCAGGUUUUUAAAGUCUGGUAUGGGUCAGAAGAACAUUUCAAACUCCAGUAAAACAAGUAGGGGGUAAAUAGUCAAGUGUUUAAGGCAGAUUCCCUGGGGGAUUGCCAUUUUUAAUGAAAUGCGUAUUGAACGGUGACUUGUUGAAAUGGAUGGGGUUGUGUCAGUAUUCUAGUGGUGGUUUACAAGUACAGCUUAAUAAGUUCAUCACUGACUGCUGAAGGAGUGAGGACCCCCAGGUCUGUGAAAAGAAGUGUAAUCAGCGAUGGUGGUGUGUAGUCAAUCAUGGGGUGUUCUUCUGCUAGGUCUUCCACUGCCUUUAGUGUGUCUGCUUUAUACUGAGAGAGCAAAGUGAGAUCACUAGUUAGGACAUCAAAUAACUACAGAAAUAUCACUGGCCAAUAGAUAUCUUGGUGCUAUUACCUUAAAUCGUUCUGGGACAUCUUGCUGGUUUAGAGGGUAGAGUCGGACGAAUUUGAAGCUUUCUGCCACAACGUAGAAAGGCUUGUUGUGAGCCUUGGAGCACACAGCCAGUUGAUAGGUGCCAAUCUGUCAUGUGAAUUGCAUGCAGAAUAAAGGGUAAUGUCAUCCAAGGACAUCAACAUAAGACUGUCUGAAUGGUGUGUUACCCAAUUCAUAAUAUACCUUGUUGAUAAUACCACCACUUUCCACCACUCCCUCUGCACCCACAAUCACCAGGUCCACCUUUUCCAUGAUAUACCUGUAAUAAAAUACAGAUUUCACUGA